UUAAUGUACUGACUUUACUACUGUGUUCGUUCCUAUGGUUCGUUCUCAGUGAUAACAUCAUUCUUCCGACUGUGCUUUGCGGUCAGAAUGUGGGAAAGAUAUGGACGACACAACAAAGGUUAACAUACGCACAUUAAUCCAAAGAAGCGUAUGCCGCUUUAAAACGCGACAUACACCAACAUGAACAAGUGUACAUCAAAGUCCAAUCCACAACUGGGAAGCUCACGAGGACUUUUCCGCUGGGGUUUCCGUAGAUAUAUAAGAAUAGCCUAUAUCAGUGUCUUCCCAUUAUCUCCCCAGACUCAAACGCACCAUAUAACUCAGAAAGUUAUUGUGGCAAUAAUGUUUUCUACUGAGAAGACUAGUCACUAGCUGCCACGACAACUACUGCUGUCGCUGCUGCUUGCUUGUGACAAAAAUUACGCCAUCAAAGUGCGUCCCUGGAAGAAGUGACGUAGCAAACGCGCCCGUUGUGAGUUCCCCACGUGAGAAACCAACAUGGCGCUAGAGCAGGAGCCCGAAGUGCUUCUCGCCCAAAAAUUAGCAGCAAACGAGAGGACUGUUCGGACCAAAGCCUUUAAAAAGCUGCGGAAAUAUGUGAGAUCGCGCUCACAAGUCCCUGGAGGCGGCUUCACUGAGGAGGAGUUGUUGAAGGUGUGGAAAGGACUCUUCUACUGUCUGUGGAUGCAGGACAAACCUCUGCUACAGGAGGAGUUAUCCGAGCAGAUUUCUGGCCUGUUGCACAGUUUCCAGAACACCAACACGCAGCUGUUGUAUGUGGAGACGUUUCUGCAGACUGUGAAAAGGGAAUGGAAUGGCAUAGACAGGCUUCGCAUGGACAAGUUCUUUCAGCUGGUGAGAUUUGUCUUCAGGCAGGUGUUUGAGACGCUGAAGAGAAAUGAUUGGGAAGAGAGUCUGUGUGGUCGUGUUCUUCAGUUGAUCUCCGCCCAGCUGCUCGAUGGCUCCGCCCCUUCUGGACUUCUCCUGCAUGUUCUGGACCUCUACCUGACAGAGCUGGGCCUCGUAGGAGCUGAACAGCUGACAGCAGAUCAGAAUCUGUCUUUCAUUGAGCCAUUCUGCCGAACAGCAGCCAAAACCAAAGAUCGUGUGCUGCUCCAGGCUAUCUGCAGCAGUGUGUUCGGGCAGAUUGUGGAGCAGGCUCCGUUCGCUGUUGUCGACCUGCUCAAGGAGCUUAAGACUCAGCAAGGGGAGGAGCCAGACUCUGGACAGGCCUCUGAGGGGGAGGAGUCACCACAGAGCUCCGCCCCUAGCAACAGCAAAGUCAAAACCCCCAAGGACAAGAAAACUUCCAGCCUCAAAGCCUCAAAGAAGGAAAAGCUUGAUGAAGAUGAAGAGGAGGAUGAUAAGUUGCUGGAUGAUGACCUCGACCUGGCAGAUGAUGAAGACGUUGGACCUGUGUUGCAGUUCAACUUCGGCGCCGUGGCCGACAGACUCUUCCAGCUGGCCAGCAAAACCAACACGGCCACUCACAACAGAACCAAACUCUACAAGCUGGUCAAGACAUUCCGUGACCUGAGUGAAGGUGUGUUCCCACAGGAUGAGGGUCCAGAGGCUGUGUCCACAGAUGAGGAUGACGAUGAGUUCCGCUCCAGGAGGAAGAGGAAGAAGAAGCAGCGUCGAGGGGAGGAGGCAGAGGACACGCCCCCAAAACGCAAGAAAGGGAAGGAUGGCCAGGCAGAGACACAAGAAAGCGGCCACAAGAGCAAACACAAGAAGAAGAAGAAGAAGAAGGACACGCCCACACAGGAAGCUGUUCCCGCUGAGGACACUCCCACACAGGAAGCAGCUCCUGCUGAGGACACGCCCACACAGGAAGCUGUUCCCGCUGAGGACACGCCCACACAGGAAGCUGUUCCCGCUGAGGACACGCCCACACAGGAAGCUGUUCCCGCUGAGGACACGCCCACACAGGAAGCUACUGCCGCAGAGGACACGCCCACACAGGAAGCAACUGCCGCAGAGGACACGCCCACACAGGAAGCAGCUCCUGCUGAGGACACGCCCACACAGGAAGCAACUCCCGCUGAGGACACGCCCACACAGGAAGCAACUCCCGCUGAGGACACGCCCACACUGGAAGCAGCUCCUGCAGAGGACACGCCUACACAGGAACCAGUUACACCUUUAGACACGCCCUCACAGGAAGCCACUUCUACUGAGGACACGCCCACACAGGAAGCAGCUCCUACUGAGGACACGCCCACACAGGAAGCAGCUCCCACUAUGGAUCCACCUGCAGAGAAAACGGUAGACACGCCUUCUAUCUUACAGGCCACGCCCCCUGCAGAAGAUGAGCCUAUUGUGUUGGACACUGUCUGCGUGAUGUCAGACCGUUCGUCAGUGUCACUGCAGCAGCAGGAGGGAGAGGCCUCUGAAUCCAGCCAAUCAAUAACAGAGGCUCCCGCAAGUUGCCAAUUAGAGGCAGGGAUUGCAGGGGAAGUGCAGCCAGCAGAAGGAAAACCCAGGAAGAGGAAGAAGAGAAGCAGGAAGGAGGAAAAGGAAACGCAUCAUCACCAGCAGCCCAGUCUAGAAGCAGCUUACACACACAUACCUGAGUCUGCUGAGGUCACAGACGAACACACACCUGAAGAAGCAAUAGCAGAUGAGGUGAUUACAGAGACGCCACUAAAGAAAAAGAAAAAGAAGAAAGUAGUGAACGUUCCAGAAGAGAGCAGCGACGCACACACACUCGACACGUUGGACACACACACACUCGACACGUUGGACACACACACACCUGAGGUCACAGAUGAGGUGAUUACAGAGACGCCACUAAAGAAAAAGAAAAAGAAGAAAGUAGUGAAGGCUCCAGAAGAGAGCAGCGACACACACACACUCGACACGUUGGACACACACACACUCGACACGUUGGACACACACACACCUGAGGUCACAGAUGAGGUGAUUACAGAGACGCCACUAAAGAAAAAGAAAAAGAAGAAAGUAGUGAACGCUCCAGAAGAGAGCAGCGACACACACACACUCGACACGACAGACGCACACACACCUGAGACGCCAGGUGCAGACAAAGUGAACGGAGAUACCCCUCUGAAGAAGAAGAGAAAAGUGGUGAACGCUCCAGAAGAGAGCAGCGACACACACACACCUGAAGAAGCAAUAGCAGAUGAGGUGAUUACAGAGACGCCACUAAAGAAAAAGAAGAAAGUGGUAAAGGCUCCAGAAGAAAGCAGCGAUACACACACACUCGACACGUUGGACACACACACUCUCGACACGACAGACACACACACACCUGAAGAGAUGGUUGCUGUCAGCAAUGCUGUGAAGAAGAAGACAUUGGUGGAUGGAAAAGUGAAAGAAAAGACAGGAGGGCACCAGAAGAAGAAGCAGCUGAAGAAGGCAGGUUCCGAGUUCAUUUCCUUUCAGAGUUCAUCUCCUCCCAAGCCUCUUUUCUGCAGAGGAAAGCAGGGUCUUCACACUUCACAGUCAAAGGCAAAGAAAGUGACGUUUGGACUAAAAAAUAACAAGACAGCAGAGUUCAGGAAGUCGGACCGCAGCUCCCUCCUGAGUCCUGGGGGUGUGGCCCGCGUGCCCUUUGACCCCCAACAGAAGCCCCGCUGCUCUGCUCUGAAAUCCCCAGAAGCCACACCCCUGAAGAAAGUGAAGAAAGCCACACCCCUGAAGAGAGCAACUGCAGCAGACUUCUUCUGACAAGAGAACAGCUGGGAGAAGAGAGAGAGAGAGAGAGG